AAAUCCACAACUGCUAUGACUAAAGCAGCUGCCAGAAUGGAAAAUACAGAAAUUCCUAUAGGUGGUCCGCAGCAUAAUCAUGACGGGCCGCUAAAUGGCGCCACCGGCUCAGAACCUACAGGAGCAGCUAUCAAUGUCGGUGGUACUAGUAUACCGAUCGCGCCCAAGAAACCAACCAGAAGAGCAGGUGUGAAACCACAGCCUGAUCGACCGUUACGAGCGCUCUUCUGUCUUACACGGACAAAUCCUCUUCGAAAGCUUUGCAUCGCCAUUGUGGAAUGGAAACCCUUUGAGUAUUUGAUUUUACUUACAAUUUUUGCCAACUGUGUAGCCUUAGCUGUGUACACACCCUUUCCCAAUAGUGAUUCAAACACCACGAACGCGGCACUGGAAAAAGUUGAAUAUAUCUUUUUAGUAAUAUUUACAUCGGAAUGUGUAAUGAAGCUAAUCGCAUACGGGUUUAUAUUACAUCCUGGAUCCUAUUUGAGGAAUGGAUGGAAUAUUCUCGAUUUCACUAUCGUAGUUAUUGGUAUGAUUUCUACAGCGCUGUCUAAUCUUAUGAAGGAAGGAUUUGAUGUUAAAGCUCUCCGUGCUUUUCGAGUACUUCGUCCAUUGCGUUUGGUAUCUGGAGUACCUAGUUUGCAAGUUGUUCUCAACUCAAUUCUACGUGCCAUGGUGCCUUUACUACACAUAGCCCUACUGGUACUGUUUGUGAUAAUCAUUUACGCUAUCAUAGGUCUAGAACUGUUCUCCGGCAAAUUACAUAAGUCUUGCUUCCAUAAUGAAACGGGUGAAAUUAUGGACGAUCCACAUCCUUGCGGAGAGGAUGGCUUUCAUUGUGACACGAUAUCACCUGAAAUGGUAUGCAGAUACUAUUGGGAAGGUCCAAAUUUCGGCAUCACGAACUUUGAUAAUUUUGGGCUGUCAAUGUUAACCGUGUUCCAGUGUGUGACAUUGGAAGGAUGGACAGAUAUGCUGUAUUAUAUUGAAGACGCAAUGGGCAGUAGCUGGCAGUGGGUGUAUUUCAUUUCAAUGGUUAUUCUCGGUGCUUUUUUUGUUAUGAAUCUUAUUCUGGGUGUUUUGAGUGGUGAAUUUUCAAAGGAACGAACGAAAGCCAAAAAUCGAGGCGAUUUUCAAAAACUUCGUGAAAAGCAGCAAAUCGAAGAAGACCUUCGUGGUUACUUAGAUUGGAUUACACAAGCAGAAGACAUAGAUCCGGACAACGAAGCAAGUGGAAUUCAAGAGGGUAAAGUGAAAAACCCAAUUGAACUGGAUUCAGCCGACAAUCUUGGCGAAGACGGAGAGGUUCAGCAUUUGUCAUGGUGUGCUCGAAAACGAAAAUCUCUCGAUCGUGUCAAUCGCCGUUUGAGACGUGCUUGUCGCAAGGCUGUGAAAUCGCAGGCUUUUUAUUGGCUUAUUAUAAUAUUGGUUUUCCUUAAUACGGGUGUGUUAGCUACGGAACAUUAUCGUCAACCUCCUUGGUUGGAUGACUUCCAGGAAUACACGAAUAUGUUUUUCGUCGCCCUAUUUACAAUGGAAAUGUUACUGAAGAUGUAUAGUUUGGGAUUCCAAGGAUAUUUUGUAUCUCUAUUCAACCGUUUCGACUGUUUCGUUGUAAUCGGUAGUAUUGGAGAGAUGGUACUCACUAGCACACAAAUUAUGCCACCUCUCGGGGUUUCUGUAUUACGAUGUGUCCGUCUGUUACGUGUUUUCAAGGUUACUAAAUACUGGCAAUCUCUCUCUAAUUUGGUUGCAUCGCUGUUAAACUCCAUACAAUCGAUCGCGUCUCUGCUACUGCUGUUGUUUUUAUUCAUCGUAAUUUUUGCUUUGCUCGGAAUGCAAGUUUUCGGAGGAAAGUUCAACUUUAACAGUUCAGUCGAUAAGCCACGCUCAAAUUUUGAUAGCUUCGUGCAAAGUUUGCUCACAGUGUUUCAGAUUCUUACAGGUGAAGAUUGGAACAUGGUUAUGUACGACGGGAUCCAAGCAUACGGUGGAGUAGCAUCAAUGGGUAUCAUUGCUAGCAUUUACUUCAUUAUACUAUUUAUAUGUGGUAAUUACAUUUUAUUGAAUGUCUUUUUGGCUAUUGCCGUUGACAAUUUGGCCGAUGCGGAUUCCCUAACGACAGUUGAAAAAGAGGAAGGUGAUAACCCUGAGGGUGACGAGGAGAAAUUGUCACAUGCACCAACACCAACUGAACACGGAGAUGAUGGCUUUAUGGAACAUGAAAAGGACAAUUUGGACUCUGACAACGAUCCAACAAACAUGUCUGAUGAAUAUGAUUGUCAUGAGUCAGAAUCUAAGAUUCCUGUCCCCGAGGAUGACGAAGGUUACGAAGAGCAGGAUACUCAAGGUGAGACAUUCGAUGAAACAGCAACCGUGUCUGCUCGUCCUCGUCGGCUAUCGGAAUUAAGCGUGAAGAAAUCCAAAAAGCCCAUACCUCGAGCAAAUGCAUUGCUCGUAUUCUCCCCAACGAACAGGUUUCGCAUCUUCUGCCACUGGCUCUGUAAUCAUGGUACGUUCGGCAACAUAAUUCUAGUCUGCAUUAUGUUCUCAUCGGCAAUGUUGGCGGCGGAAGACCCUUUGAAUGCCAAUAGUGAACGCAACCAGAUCCUCAACUACUUCGAUUAUUUCUUCACGUCCGUAUUUACGAUAGAAUUGCUACUGAAACUAAUUUCGUAUGGGUUUCUAUUUCAUGAUGGAGCAUUCUGUCGGUCUGCGUUUAACUUACUUGACCUGUUAGUCGUCUGUGUGUCACUGAUAUCGAUGUUUUUCAGUUCUGGUGCCAUCUCUGUGAUAAAAAUUCUUCGAGUGCUUCGUGUGCUUCGACCACUCCGUGCUAUUAAUCGUGCUAAAGGAUUGAAGCAUGUAGUGCAAUGUGUUAUAGUAGCAGUAAAGACUAUCGGUAAUAUCGUGUUGGUUACUUGUUUGCUACAGUUUAUGUUCGCCGUAAUCGGGGUGCAGUUGUAUAAGUACGUAGUGAAAUGUGUGAUAGUUGCUAUCAAAACGAUCGGCAAUAUUAUGCUAGUGACGUACCUCUUGCAGUUUAUGUUUGCUGUGAUUGGAGUACAGUUAUUUAAGGGUAAAUUCUUCUCAUGUUCGGAUGGUUCGAAAAUGCAGGAAUCAGAAUGUCACGGUACAUAUUUAGUAUACGAAGAUGGCAAUGUGGACAAACCAGUUUCAAAAGAACGAUAUUGGUCACGAAAUCGGUUCCAUUUUGAUGAUGUAUCGAAGGCAAUGUUAACUCUUUUCACUGUGUCAACGUUUGAGGGCUGGCCUGGAUUACUAUAUGUAUCUAUCGAUUCUCACGAAGAAGAUUCGGGACCGAUACAUAAUUUUCGCCCAAUUGUGGCUGCAUAUUAUAUAAUUUACAUAAUCAUCAUCGCCUUCUUCAUGGUCAACAUCUUUGUUGGUUUUGUCAUCGUUACAUUCCAAAACGAAGGUGAACAGGAAUACAAGAAUUGCGACCUGGACAAGAACCAGCGAAAUUGUAUAGAGUUUGCACUAAAGGCCAAACCAAUAAGACGGUACAUACCAAAGCAUCGGAUACAGUAUAAAGUCUGGUGGUUUGUAACAUCCCAACCAUUCGAAUACAUGAUAUUUAUACUGAUUAUGAUAAACACAAUUACACUUUCGAUGAAGUUUUACCGACAGCCGGAGAUUUAUACGGAGGUUCUGGAUUUAUUGAACCUUAUCUUCACGGCAGUCUUCGCCUUGGAGUUUGUCUUUAAACUAGCAGCAUUUAGAUUUAAGAAUUAUUUCGGAGAUGCGUGGAAUGUAUUUGAUUUUAUAAUUGUACUAGGCAGUUUUAUUGAUAUUGUAUACUCGGAAGUUAACGUCAGUAAAGGAAUGAAGGGAGGAUCAAGCAUAAUAUCAAUCAAUUUUUUCCGACUGUUCCGAGUGAUGAGAUUGGUUAAGCUGUUAGCAAGAGGAGAAGGAAUUCGUACACUUUUAUGGACAUUUAUAAAAUCCUUCCAAGCACUACCAUACGUAGCAUUAUUGAUCGUCAUGCUCUUUUUCAUUUAUGCUGUGAUCGGAAUGCAGGUUUUUGGAAAAAUAGCCAUGGAUGACGACACGUCGAUUCAUCGAAACAAUAAUUUUCAAACGUUUCCUCAAGCAGUUUUGGUAUUAUUCCGGUCGGCUACAGGAGAGGCUUGGCAAGACAUAAUGCUGGAUUGCUCUGCGCGGCCUGGAGAAGUGAAUUGCGACCCUAAAUCAGACGAUGCGGGAUCUCCCGACGGCUGCGGCUCCAGCAUCGCCUUUCCGUACUUCAUUUCAUUUUACGUGCUCUGUUCCUUCCUUAUUAUCAAUUUAUUUGUUGCUGUCAUUAUGGAUAAUUUUGACUACUUAACACGCGAUUGGUCCAUCCUCGGUCCACACCAUCUAGACGAAUUCGUACGCCUAUGGAGCGAGUACGAUCCAGACGCCAAAGGUCGAAUCAAGCAUCUAGAUGUCGUAACCUUGUUACGGAAGAUAUCUCCACCGCUCGGAUUCGGCAAGUUAUGUCCACACAGGGUGGCUUGCAAGCGUUUGGUAUCGAUGAACAUGCCGCUAAAUAGCGACGGCACGGUUCUGUUUAAUGCGACGUUAUUUGCGGUGGUACGCACAUCGCUAAAGAUCAAAACCGAAGGCAAUAUCGAUGAUGCCAAUACAGAAUUGCGCAAUACGAUCAAGCAAAUAUGGAAGCGCACAAAUCCGAAGCUUUUAGAUCAAGUGGUGCCGCCACCGGGAGUCGAUGAUGAAGUAACAGUCGGCAAAUUUUAUGCUACGUUUCUGAUACAAGAUUACUUCAGAAGGUUUAAAAAACGAAAGGAAAAUGACAAUAAGCUAAGCAGCGAUCAGAACAAACGACGCACAGUAACAUUACAAGCAGGCUUACGUACAUUACACGAGGCAGGUCCAGAGCUGAAACGGGCCAUAUCUGGAAAUCUUGAGGAUAUUGGUGAUGAUAAUCCGGAACCGUCCCAUCGGCGUAAUCAUACCCUGUUUGGAAACGUGUGGUGUUCAAUUCGUCGACCUGGAACAUUUGGGUUAAAGCAAAAGGAAAAGUGGUCUGGAAAUCACAAAAUGACGGCCACCACUAUUGCUGCUUCAGCCGCCAUGCACACGGUACUAUCUGGAACAAAUGAAGGUAACAGACAAGAAGUUCCCGGGUCAAAACCGAACUGUGUUGACAGUGGUCCAGGAUACAGUCACAUAGCUGAAAGCAUUUUACAUGCUGUGCACGAUAAUCCAUUGCGGGACACCUUCGGUAAUGGUGUACGAGGUAGGGCAGAGAAUAACGAUGCUACCACAAGCGAUAUUCCUCUAAGACCACUAUUAUUAUACGACGCCACUAGCAAACGGGGACCUACAAAUACUAUUAGUGCCAAUGUUGGUUCACAACACAUUUCCUUGGCAAUUGAUCGCAACAACAAAUUAGACAACUUGGAGAAAGUUCGUCUGAUUCACUCAACACCUAGCAGCCCUCAUGAAACUCACAAACCAUCUUCUGAUGUUAUUGGAUCUGCGGAAAGCCUGGUCGGAAGGGUACUCGCACAACAAGGAUUAGGUAAAUACUGCGACCUGGAUCUGGUUCAUUGUGCUCAAAUGGAAAUGCAAGAAGCACUCGACAUGACACAGGAGGAAAUGGAUCUUGCUGCACAUGAGUUAAUGCUAGAAGAACGUUUUAAUAGAAAAAAUUGUGCCAGUGCAAAAAAUAAUUCACGACGUAAGAUUAACUCUAAUAGUAACAAAUCUGCGCAACCGCUGUUAUAGCACUCGUUGAGCCUAUCUCGAGAUAUUUUCGGAAUUUGCGAUGAUAAUUUGAAAAAGUCAGUUUUUUUUAUUUUACAAGUUUUUUUUUCAUCUUCUUUUCAACGCCACCAUGCUUGUCAUCAGUUGUAUGUAACAGUAACAAAAGCACAGUAAAAAAAAGGAAAUCUUAUGUGCCCAUACAACAUAAAAUUUUACAUAAACAUAUAUAAAUUCAUUAAAAACGGAUCCCCCGUUGAUAGAGCAGUCGGUGACGCUCGUCGUUAUCACACAGCUGACUAUUGGUUCGAUUCCCAAGACCGGCGUGACGGUGGGAGAGGAGGACGGUAGGCACGGUGGCAACAACUCCACCCAUAAAAACACACCGUUACAGCAAGCAACAGUGAAUAACAAUGUCUGUGUGCAGGCCAACGAAACAUGAAAGCCGGAUAAGAAGAAGACACGAAACAUGAAAGGACAGCUAGACAAAAACAACUCACAUGCUAGAUUGUCCGACAAUUCCCUAGUUGUGUAGCUAACGUAAUUUACAUUUGCAUGAUCUUACAUCAACCCGUAAGUUAGCCUUUGAAAAACUUGAGAAUGGGUUUUUCUAUUUGAGCAGUCUGUUUUUUUUGUUAUAUUCGUCGUCAUCCAUCUUUUGUCAAAAAAUGAGAAAUUUUUAAUGUGAAAUUUGAAUCUCUCUUGGUAAUAUAGAGCUGAUGCCA